GAUGGCGCUAUUGAUGGAACAGCAGAUCUGAAGGCGAAAAACACAAAAAGAAAUUAUGGCGCAAACGUUUUUGGAGCCCUUUUCAGUGUCUGGGAUGGAUUGUCAGACUGCAGUGGCAGUUCAGUCAUUGUUGGAGUCUACAGUUAGUGAAGCUUCACCAAUUGACGAAGAUGAUGUCUUUCAAUGUGGAAAGUGUAAAAAACAGUUCACAUCUCUUGGUGCCUUUGUAAACCACAAACAGAGUCGAUGUGUUGCUCAGAAAACCCUUCAGCAGAUGACCAAUGCUAUCUGUAGUGCUGUCAAUACUGUACCUGUAUCAUCAAGCUUAAUCCAAAACGUCAACAAAGGGCCUCAACUCAUACAGACGUCUUACACACCACAGACCUCCAUCACCCAGCUUCCACAGAAUAUGGUCCUCACUGAUGAUCUCAUGUCUUUUGCCAAUGUAGAUACAUCAGCCAUUCAACUGCAAGCCUCCACUUUACAGUCCGCUGGCCCAUUUCUAUCUCAGGUUGCAAAUUUCACUUCAAGGUCACCAAACAAUGUUACCAUUCUUAGUCCUGUGACCACAUCACUGCCCUCUAGUGGCUCCGCCUUCACCAGCACAGUCCAUUCCACCAAUCAGAUUCACCUGCAGCCAGUGCAGCAACAAAUCACUUUGACAACUCUCCCCGAGAAACCUAUAGCCCCUAAUAUGGGAAACAUUGCUAAACCUAGUCCGACUAAGGCUGGAAGAAAAUCAGCCCAAGCUAGCCUUGUAACAGUUGUUUCAGCUGAUUCACUAGUAAAGCUCAAACGCAGUAAAAAUGGCAACAUGGUGUUGGAUGAGAAGAAGAAACUUCGUUGUAACUACUGUGAUAAAACAUUUGCUAAGAACUUUGAUCUUAACCAACAUGUGCGAGCACACACAGGAGAAAAACCCUUCCAGUGUAUUGUUUGUGGACGAGCCUUCGCACAGAAAUCUAACGUCAAAAAACAUAUGGCAACACAUAAGGUAUGGCCAGCAGGUGCAGGAUCCACCCUGCCAAACCAGCCAUCACCACUGUUGAUAGAGGAAGAUGAGCCUCCUCUUGAAUCUUCGCUAGAUCCACCUCCAUCUCAGGAAUUGAACCAGAACCAACUUAUGACCCAUGAAGAUUCUCUUGCUCAUAUCACUGAUGUUCCACAGGUGGUCGUCAUGGAUAACAAUCCUAUUGUGGAUCCAACAGUUGUUGAUCCAUGUGGAUUACAACAAUCUGGACAAAUGUUGGAAGAAAAGCCACCAGAUGAUGCAGAGAAUACCAAGGUAAAGGUUGUUGUAGACAAUUCUUACCUGUGUCAAUACUGUUGUGCUAAGUUCAGGACUUAUUUCCAGCUCAAGACGCAUAUGGUUCAUCAUAAGGAUCAGCAGGUGUACAAGUGUGUGGUGAAGGAAUGCCAUGAUACCUUUAAAGACCUGGAUUCAUUCUUAGAGCACAUCAAGUCGCAUGAGGAAGACAUGACCUACAGGUGUCAUAUGUGCAACAAGUUCUUCCCGACCUUGUACGACCUUGGUGUCCAUCAGUACACUCACAGCCUUUACCCUAAUCAGGGGAUCAAACCUGGGCCGCGGCAUUUUCAAUGCACGAAGUGUAUGAACAAGUACUCCACUCCAGAAGCCUUAGAACACCACUUGGCAACCUCUACUCACAAUCACUCCUGCCCACACUGUGAGAAAACAUUCACCUGUGAGAGAUACCUGAGGCGCCAUCUUCCCUCCCAUGGAUCUGAAGGACAGUUCCAGUGUCCAACAUGUAACAAGAGGUUUAAGGGAGAGCAUUACCUUAAAAUGCACAUGUUGAUACAUAGUGGGGAGAAACCUUUCCAGUGUGAUGUUUGUUCUGCUUCAUUUAACCGGAAAGACAAACUCAAACGGCACAUGCUAAUACAUGACUCAAACAAACGUUAUAGGUGUCCUUUCAAAGCCCUCACAGGAUGUCAGAAGGAAUUUAAUCGUCCAGACAAGCUGAAGUCUCACAUUCUCACCCAUAGUGGAAUAAAGCCCUACAAGUGUCGAGAGUGUGGUCGGUCAUUUGGUCGGAAACCACAUUUAAGAGAGCAUGAACGUGGACAUAGAGCAGACUUUAAAUUCAAAUGUGAAACAUGUGGAAAAGGAUUUUUCCGGCCUAAACUUUUUCAUGAUCAUAAAUGUCACCCAUUAAAGCCUGGCCAGGCCCAUGUAUUUAAGCCUCGAAACAAAAGGAAAGUAGGCCGUCCGAAGAAAAGAGUUCCUUCUGAAACUGAUGGUGUUAAGGUUGAAAAUACCAUGACGCUAGACAAUAAAGAGGAAAAAUCAUCUACAGCACCUGAUGCUAUGGGAGAUGCACACAAUGUGAUUGUUCAGAAGGAAAAAGCAAGGAAUGAAUCUGGUGGUAUUUAUGUGAAUGAGCAGCUAGUGGCAGGUAUGAAUGAGCAGGAACAGGGAGGAGAACUAUCAACCGUUCCAGAAAAGCGUAUUUCACGAAGCAAUAACAUAACACCAUCAGGCAAAAAACCUGAAUUUUGUGUAAAAGUGAGUGCUCCUCCUCCCGUUCCCCCUCCAGUGGCGCCUAGGUAUGUUACUGUACACAUACAGAACAAUAACACCGCCACCGGGCAGGACAUUCAGACACACCUAAUGCCUCACCCCUCCCAACAACUUGUCUCUCACCAACAUGGAACCAACACCAACAUGCAGCCCAUCACCAUUAUAGAGGCCCAGCAUGUCCCGAUGCACCUGCCUAUGAUGACAGGCCUGGACAACAACACUGUAGAGCCCAUCACAAUGCAAAUGGCCACUGUCAGUGGUGCUGAAUCUCUAGCACAGAGUGUGGCUGCUGUAGGCGGUGUUGUAAGUGAACUGAUUCCUGUGGCAGUUGCCAUGCAGGACAAUCCAGACUCAAUGGUGGCCACCCAGGUGGUUGUCACAUCCAAUGGGGCAAAUGACCAUGGCUACAUCACUUGUCCUACCCACCUGGAUGACUACGGACCAUCAGACGGGGAUCUAGUGUUACAGGGAACAGAUAAUUUUCUCAAAGCUCAUGCUGACAUGUAUCAAUCUGCUCAACAGUAAUCUUAGUGUAAGCUUCUGGUGUUAUCCAUCAAUCAGACUUUUUGUUUUUAUCAGAGAUCCUUUCUGGACUCAGCUAUAGAUUUAUCUUAAUUUUGAGUGACUGACCUUGAACUAAUUUGAAGAUGACACAUGGGUCAGAUGUGUUAAAAUCUUUUGAACAACUUCUUCUCAAUACCCAUGAGGACUACGGUCAAGAUAUUGGUCAGUCAAAUUGGUCGGUCAAAUUGGUCUUAUGUGUUAAAAUCUUUAAAUUUCUUAUUUUCAUUAAUCAAGAUGCCUAGGGUCAAGAUACUUGGUCAGUAGUGUGCUGUGGUGAAAGGGAUGUUCAGUUGAAUGAUCUUGAUUUACUUCCAAGGUCACCAAAAUGUGUUUUAAUUUAUCUAAAUAAUAAACUUAACCUACUCUUAUAUUUGAACAGAUUUCCUGUUUCAUUUAAACAUCUUUUGACAUCUUAUCCAAAUAAACUACUGCAUUUUUCCUUUUUGUUUGUUUGAACUGUAGAAUGAUAAUACCAUAAUACUACUGUAAGCUCCAGAUUACACAAAAAUCUGGUGAAUAUGAUAAAAAAUAUUGUUGAUGAAGUUACAUUUUACAAAGGUACAUUGCCAUUUUGGCUGGAUAUUGCAUUUAUAGUUGAUUUCUAAACAGAUUCAACUUACUUGUUGUGUACAUUUGGUUUAAUGUACAAAUUCAGUAAGUAUGCUUCAUGGCCUAAUUAUAUAAGUCUGACUACUGCUGGAAUAUAAUUUAGUGUUUGCUUAACCACUGACCAGAACUAUAUUUUCUUAUUCUCAAAUGGAAGACUAUAUAUAUAGGCACAAAAUGUAUGUUUUCACUAAAGUAAAAACAGAGGCACUAACAAUGAUUUAUAUGGGAUAAGAAUAUAUAUCAUUGCUAGCCCCAGUGGUCCAAAGGAUUCUGAUUUGAUGGGAUUUA